UCGGAUAAAAGAAAUUUGUUUCAUAAAUACAUAAUCCCGGGCCUGAACUAAACUUUUUUUGCAAAAAUUAACAAAAUGGCGGCCUCAGGAAAUUUUUUUCUAGAUUUUCGGGAAAAAUCAACAGUUAAUUGGUCUUAAAAUAUCGAAAUUUUUGAAAAAAAAAAUCUUUGGUUCAGGCCUGAGUUUAUUAUGCAUUCUAAAAGCUGUAGAAAUUUCAUUUCAGUUGUCACUAGUUCAAAAAACAUAGUUUUGAGAAAAAAUCUUUUAAAGUUUCACACUAGCGUGUUGCGAGUGCCGGAGCGCUCGUUGUUAUUUGUAGAAUAACUCUAAAAGCAAUUAUCGGAUAAACUUAAAAUUUUCAGAGUAUAUUUUUAAAAUAUUACACUUAACGAAAAUUAAAAAAAAAAAAUGAUUUUUUGAAAAUCCUACUACCCCUAAUCCCUAAAAAAUAUCAAAAUUCUUAGUUUCUUCAGAGUGAAAGUUUAGAGCACAGAAACUAUCAGCAAUUGUGAGCAACGUCAGAUUGUGAGAGCGAGCGAUAGUACUCUCCAUGAGAGAAAUUCAUGUACUUCACAACACUGUCAUUUAAAAAACAUAUAAAUAAGCUCUUCGUAUGAAAUAUCAUUCAUUUAUAACAGUAUCAGUCUGUGCUAAAGCAUUGCGCUAAAAAACAUAAUACUUACGUGAAGAAUAGAUUUCUACAACUAUAUAAGAUCUCUUAAGUUCUUAAUUAAAUAAGGAAAACUUUCAAUAAACCAUUAGCUGUACUGUUAAUACACGUUUUAUAACGAGUUACUACAAACAAACGAGCGCUUGAAUCAUUAACAAGCAUAAAACAAAUAGCAAAGCAUAUUAAAUUUGCACGAUAACACAUGAGACUAAUGUCAGCAUGUCCGAGGAAAGCAAUACAGUGAGUUGUGAUGCCACCACAAGUGAGCCGACAAUAGUGUCCGCCACAAAGGCGACCACAACAGCUGCCACACAGCAGGUCGCUGCAAAUGCUGAGCCUCUUGAUAUGGAGGACUUAGAAGAUGGUGAAAUCGAUGAUGAUGAGGAUGAUGAUGAUGUUGUUAUUACAAAUACAAUAACGAGUAGUGCAAAUAAUGCGAGCGCCACUUCGACUGUCAAUGAUAAUGGUGGCACACCACAAAAAAUAACGGAUGCGGUGGCGAAAAUACCGAUAAUCGACUUGUCACAUGAUCAUACGCCAUCGCCCACAGCUGCGGUGACAGGUGGCAGCAACAGCAAGUCGGAUGCUGCCGCCAAGUCGCGCAGAAACAAAAAGGGUCAACCGCCAGCAGAUGAUUACAUGGAGGAGGUGGAGAAAUCGCUGUCAAACAUUUUAAAUAAAGCUGGCGUUAAGCCACAAUUACCCAAGUGCUUGGAGGCACGUCAACAGGACACGAAGGACAAUGAUUCGUCUGCGCCCGGUCAUGGCCAGAGUAGAAGUAGCAGGCGCAGAAAGCGUAAAAAACAACGCGAAGAUAGGGAGAAGGAAAAGGAUCGCAAGGAUAAGGAUAAAUCACGUUAUAUGUCGCCGGAGUCCUUUAAUGGCGCCGCGCCACCAGAAGAUGAUGAGGACGACUUCGAAAUGUUGAAUGUGGUCGGUGGCAGUCCUUCCAGCACACCCGCGCCCAAAUAUGCACCAUCCGCCUAUCCCGUUUACGACUCGGCUGACGAAUCGUACACAUCGUACGACAGCGACUCACUGGAUGGGGCUGGUGAUAGAGGUGGCGGCGGUGGUGGUGGCGAUAAUAAACGUCGACGUAGGCGCAACAAAAAGGAUCGCAAACGUGGACGCGAUCGACGUGCGCGCAGUCGGGACGAUAACGGACGUAGUGGCAUACCAGAGAAACGCUCACGACGCGACUCAAAUGAUGACAAACAUAGACAGGAGCCCCGCAAAAUGGAGUUGUGCAAAUUCUAUUUGAUGGAGUGUUGUGCCAAAAAAGAUAAAUGUUCCUACAUGCAUUCGGAUUUCCCAUGCAAAUACUAUUAUCUUGGUAUGGAAUGUCCCAAUCGUGAAACGUGUAAGUUCAUGCACGAAGCACCGUUGUCCGAGCAACUGCGCAAUAUAUUGCUAAAGCAUUUAGAAACCGCGCCCAAAGAGAUACUUGGCAAUUUCAAAAGAAUAUCACGUGAUAAUGCCAUCGCAAUGAUGACGAAACGCAAUGAGGAAUUAUGCAAAGAAUACAAAGUGGAGAAUACUUGGUCAACCAUAGUUAAUAUAUCAACGGGUAAUAAUAGGCGUGGCAAUCAAGGUGGUGGUGGUAGUAAUUCAACGAAUGAUCAUCAUCAACAUCAAAGCCAACAACAACAUCAGCAACAACAAUCACACAGUAAUAUACCCUCACUAUUUGAUAUUGUUGUGAAGCCGCCAGUGUCACUGCUAAGUGUGGACAAACAUCGUAAAUCACGUUGGACAGAUUCAAGUACACGUGAAGCAUCACCGCCACCGCCAGCGCCAGCGCCAGAGCAUAACGCCAACAGCGCACAGUUGCCCAGCUAUUUGGAUUUGAAAAAUCUCGACGGCAUCAUGAAAACGGAACACAUACAAAAGCUAACACAAUUGGGUAUAACCAAUUUGCAGGAGAUCAAUCGGUUCACAUUCGGUCAACUGCAAGAGAUCGGCAUUGACUUCGUAGAAAUCAGUGAAGUACAGAAGAAAGUGCAAAGUAAAAUGGAAAACAAUGCAGCCAAGGAGGAUGAGGACACAGCUCCUACAACACGCGAUGUUGAUAUGCGUUCUAUUCCUAGUGCUACAACAACUACAGCAGCCAUGGAAACUUUAUCAGCAGGCCCUGCUUCAACACGUAUGAAUCUUAAUAUGGAUUUGGACUCGAAUAGUAACAACAGCGGCGGCGUAAAGCGUUUCGAAUAUUCACAAUAUUUAAAGGAUUCGAAUUUAGCUUACGAUCGCAAUGAUGCAUUUGAGGAUGAACGUGAUGAAGAGCAAUUGGUCAUCGAUGACGGCAAUCUCGAUAAUGAAGAGAAUGCGCGAACAACAUCAAUUAAUGAAAGUGACAAUAUGCACGAUGAGCCGCCGAAGACUAGCAGCGAUCUGGCAUAUCGGUUGGGCAUCAAUUUGAAUCCCUACAAUCCCUUCCGAACGAAUCCGCUCGAUUUCAAAAAGAACGACGAUAAACCACAUUCGAACAGCACGAGCGCUUAUAUUGGUUAUCAGCCUAACGAACACACAAACGCAACGUCACGUGCACGUCGUCGCACGCGUUCGCGUUCGCGGUCACGUUCGCGCUCACGUUCCCGCUCGCAAACACCAACACGCACACAAUCCACCACACCCGAAGCCUCCGACUCGGCUGACAAUGAUGAUGGACCAAGCAAAAGCAAAGAACCAGUUUACGAGCGCAAAACCAUGUACGACUUCAGUGCAGUACAAGCCGAAGAGGAUGAGCGUCAGCUGUCGGAGCGCAGCAUGAAAAAUGAUAAGGAUAUGCGUUAUUUGAGCGGCAGUGGUAGUAUAUUACCACUCGAUGGUGUGAUGAAUUACACACCGGCCACCGAAAUCGACGGCUCCAUCUCGUCACAUCUGCCGCGUACAUAUAAGGUAUUUGAGUUCGCCUUGCCACCAGCAAAUUAUGCGGAUUUACGGCGCAGUUUGCGCGCCACCACACAUACGGCAGAUCCGCGAGUACGCCGCAUACUCGGCUUACCCGAAACGCUUGCCACCACAGUGGCGUUGAAGCGUUCCGGACGCAAACUCAGCAACACCAUCGCCUCACCCGAAGCUGACGAGUCGCCCAAAUACUAUACACCGCCCAGCUCACUCACCGUCACACCGACGAACAGUGAACGGCAUACGAAAGAGCGCAUCAGCGUUAGCAAGUCAGCGCCGACAACAACAACAGCGACAUCACGUACGGAUCCGCGUUUAGAUCCCAGAUGUGCGGCGAAUUCAGCGUCAACGGCGGCUGCUGCCAAAGCGAAUGAAGCAGAGAAGUCUGUUGGUAGCAGUGCUGCCGGUGGCAUCGGCAAUGCCGCGGGCGAUGGCAUAAAUGCGGAAAUUGCGGGCUUGGGUAAGGAAAUGCGUGAGAAAAUGCAAAGUUCCGAUUGGUAUCGCAAAUUGAACUCGAACAUGAAGAUACAGUAUAAUCAAGAAUUGGCGCGUCUUAUCACCGAAUUGCGGCGCUUCCAUCAAGACACAUCGCCCGACAAAAACUUUAAUUUCAUCAAUUGCAAUAAGAAGAUCAUCGACGACAUACUAAUACAGUUGGGCAUUUUCAUAGAUGAAAAUGGCGAGGUAAAUAAAAUCGAAUCCGAUAAACAGGAAGAAGCUGACAUGAGUGCGAAUGCCGAGGCACGUGUCGAUUUUAUGCAACAAUUGGACUACGCACAUCCACAGCGGAAUUUCCCGAAUGCCGGAUUUGGCUUCCUCAAUGAUUUUCGCGAGCCACCGCCGAAUUAUCCCGGUAAUCUGGUGAUGCCACAGAUGCCAAUUAGCGCUAGCGCUUCGGGCAUAUCACCACUCCUGGUUAGUAGUAGUUUACUGGGACCUCCACCGAGGCCAUUCAAUCCGUUCGUCUCGAAUGGGGGAAAUUUCCAAGCGGGUGGACCACCACAAUUGCCAUUUGGUUUCUUAAACUUCCAGCAACAACAACAAAUGGGCGGCGGUAACGGUCCCGGUAAUUUCAAUAUGGGCGGCGGACAUAAUCGCCGAAAUCCGCACAAUCGUCGCAAUUUUAUUUAACAACAAUGCAACUUAAUGCAAGACUUAAAUAAUUAACUUAGUUGAUAUAUUAUAUAAAUCUAAAUAUAUAUACAUAUAUAUAUAUAUAUGAUUUUAAUGAUAAGCAAACAAUAAUUACAUAAGAAUUUUUCAUAAAAAAUGGAUUUGUGUAGCUAGCAAUUAACAUUUUAUUAUUUUUUAAUAAAUAAAUAUUUUUUAUAAAUAAAUAAGUACAAGUAUUAGUACAUAAAUGCGUAUAUAAAAACAAAAAUUAUGUGUACAUUUGUUUGUUUUGCUGAGAGCAGUGUUCCACAAACUUAAAUUGAAAAGAAAAAUAAAUAAAAGCAGGCCGUGGAUUUCAAAAUUAAUAAAAAAAUUACAAAUUUAAAUUAAAAAGCUAGUUUAGUGUUGCCACAUAAAUUUAUAUGCAGACUUCCAUUGUUUUUUAAAGUUCAUACAAAAAAAAUAAAUUAAAUACAAAAUAAUAAAACAUCAUAAAAAUAAAAUAAACAAAUUAUAAUAAAUAAUUUAAUUAAUAAAACAAUUAUAAAAGUAAAAUAAACAAUAUAUAAAUAAAUUAAAAAUAAAUUAAUAUACAAAAAAAAAAAAUUUAAAAAUAAAAUAAACAAUAAAUUAAUAGAAAAAUAAAAAAAUAUUAAACAAAAGCGCAGAUAACCUAAAAAGUUGUUUCACAAUAUUUUCUCUUACCAGUAGAAAUAAGAAAAUUAUUUAAAAUUCAAACACAAAAUUAUUUAUUUACAUAAAUUUUGCAAGCCAAUUUUACUUAAGAACUAGUAAUCAAAAUAUUAUUUGAUGUUUUUUUCGCAUUACAAUUUUUACUGUCUGGUAACGCUAAAAUUUUUAUAAGAACUAUUUUGAAAAAUUAUUUUUUUAAUUUCGUUUUGUUUCUCUUUUCAACAUUUAUGAAUAUAUAAAACUAAACUAUAUUUUUUCGAAAAAUUAAAAAAAAAAUUAAUAGAAAACAAAAAAUAAAAAAAAAUUCGAACAAGCGAGUUUAAGAAAAACGAAAGCUAUUUUUUUAAAUAUUUCAAAUUCUAAUUAUUGAAUUGUUUAAAACAAUUUUUCAUGUUUAUUGAGUUUACAAAAUUUAACAACAAUUAAAAAAAAAAAAUAAAGAAUAACAAAAAAUAUAAAAUUAUAAAAAAAAAUAUAAAACGCAAAGAAAAGAUUUUUUUUUUUAACUUUGUGUGCAAAAAAAUAAAGAAAUAGAAAUAAAAAUAACUUAAAUACUCUCUCGACAAGACUACAGUCCCUGGAAGCUAUGUUAUAAAAUUAGUAUUAUUAUUUUUUUUAUAAAAUUUAAAAAAAUUUAUUUGAAAAUUAUUUCGAUUAGUUGUAAAAUAAUUAAACAUAACAAAAAUUUAUGUUUUUAAUGUAAAUACAUGCAUAAAUUAUUUUGUAAAAAAUAAAAUGUGAAAGAAUAUGUUUUGUAUUAAUUUCAAAUAUUUAAUUUUUUUCGUGAGUUAACUUGCGA